UAGGCCGAUUACCGGUUUGUUACGCAAGCAACAGGUUUUCCAGUUGGACUCUGAUUAGAUUCUUGUUAUUUCCAAGUGUGUUUUCCGCGCUAGUUAAUUUCAUUUGAUUUAAUUUAAAUAAAUUCCAAGAUGUCCGCCCGACUGCUGCAGGCCACGCGUCGCUGGAGCGCCCAGCGCAGCUACAGCUCCAAAAUCGCCGAGGUGGUCAUCGUUUCGGCUGCCCGCACUCCAAUUGGCAGCUUCCAGAGCCAAUUGGCCCCGCUGACGGCCACCCAAUUGGGAGCCCGGGCCAUCGAGGCGGCUAUCGAAAAGGCGGGAAUUUCAAAGACGGACGUCCAGGAGGUGAUCAUGGGCAAUGUGGUUUCUGCUGGCCUUGGCCAGGCGCCCGCCCGCCAGGCGGCCAUCUUCGCCGGUCUGCCGACCAAUGUGUGCUGCACCACGGUGAACAAGGUCUGCUCCUCGGGCAUGAAGUCCGUCAUGCUGGGCGCCCAAUCCCUGAUGCUCGGCUACGCCGAUGUCGUCGUCGCCGGCGGCAUGGAGUCCAUGUCCAAUGUGCCCUUCUAUCUGAAGAGGGGCGCCACUCCGUAUGGCGGCGUCAAUCUCACCGACGGCAUCGUUUUCGAUGGCCUGUGGGAUGUGUACAACAAGUUCCACAUGGGCAACUGUGCCGAGAAUACGGCCAAGAAGCUGGAGAUUACCCGUCAGCAGCAGGAUGACUUCGCCAUCGAAUCGUACAAGAGGUCGGCGGCAGCCUGGGCCAACAAGGUCUUCGCGGAUGAGAUUGCCCCCGUGAAGAUUCAGCAGAAGAGGAAGCCGGAGAUUGUGGUGGCCGAGGAUGAGGAGUACAAAAGGGUGAAUUUCGACAAGUUCGGUCAGUUGGCCACGGUUUUCCAGCGGGAAAAUGGCACUGUGACCGCCGGAAAUGCGUCCACCUUGAACGAUGGCGGCGCCGCUGUGGUGCUCAUGAGCGCGGAGGCUGCCCAGAAGGCGGGUCUCCAGCCGCUGGCCAGGAUUGUGGCCUUCCAGGAUGCGGAAACCGAUCCGAUUGACUUCCCCAUCGCCCCCGCCUUGGCCAUUCCCAAGCUUCUCAAGCGGGCCGGCGUUCGCAAGGAGGAUGUGGCCAUGUGGGAGGUCAACGAGGCCUUCUCCCUGGUCGUCCUGGCCAAUAUCAAGAAGCUGGACGUGGAUCCCGCCAAGGUGAAUGUCCAUGGCGGUGCCGUGUCCAUUGGCCAUCCCAUCGGCAUGUCCGGAGCUCGCCUGGUGGCCCAUCUCUCGCACAGUUUGAAGAAGGGCGAGCUGGGAUGCGCCUCCAUUUGCAACGGCGGCGGCGGAGCCUCCUCCAUUCUCCUCGAGAAGCUGUAGGAUGGUCACCUGCCUGAUCCUGCUCUCAACCAGAAAUGCAUUUACUACGUGGAAAGCUCUAUGUUUUUUUUUUGUUUUUAAAUUUUUAAGCAUUUAUCGAAAUCUUGUGAUUUGCAUAAUAAAAUUAUGAAACAGUGAAUAAUUAAA